GAAAAGGAUCUUUACUUACGUGGUUUCCUUUCACCUCAGUGGGAAAGGAGAAAAUCUGGGUAUCCAUUCGACUGACACAGCGUUUUUUUCUGCAUUUACAUACACCAAUAUCUUAUAAAUGCAAAAGCAACAGUAGCAUGCGGUGAGGACGUUGUCUGUCCGAAUCUCAUAGAACUCGACACGAUUUUUUUUCACCACUAUAUUUUCUUUGUUACCUUAGCACAUCGUCAUUAUAUAUUGUAUACUAAGCUUCCGUAUCAUUCAUUGUAUGGUGUAGCGUGGAGUGGCGACAGCAGUCUUAGAUACUGUGAAGUCUCUUGUCAGCCUUGGCGUAAGAGGGGUUGUGUGGAGUUACUACGAGGUUAUGCACCUCGAUCUUUGCUAAUGCUCACAGGAGCAGUGAAGAGCAAAGGUGUUCGUUGGAUAAUUAUGCUGAAAAUCAGAAGGGAUCCUUUUCUGGGGCCUCGCAUGGGGUGAUAUCUCGAAGUCGUGGGGUGUUCACACGGAUAGCCGAACAAAGCAUGAAAAAAGAAUCAUCGUGGCAUCUAUUUUUCUGUUAUUUGUAGCGUGUGACAGUAUUAACCUUUCAAGUGUUCACAACUAUAUUGUUACCUUUUUCAGCUGUGCCACUUUGAGAACAUGCAUUUUAAUUUUUUGGGUAUUGGGUCACAUUGCCUGGCUUUGUAUUAUUGUGUGCUUUUUUCCUUCACCAGAUUUCUCCGCCUACUCAAGUUAUCUAUUAAAAAUAAUUAAUCUUUUUUUUCUCACUACUAUCUACAAUGCCGAUUCUGAAAGUACACGCACGUGAAGUCCUGGACUCCCGUGGAAAUCCCACCGUGGAGGUUGAGGUCACAACCGACAAAGGUAUGUUCCGCUCGGUGGUGCCCUCUGGUGCUUCAACUGGUAUUCACGAGGCCUGUGAACUGCGCGAUGAGGAUAAGAACCGGUACGGCGGUAAGGGCUGCCUGAAGGCCAUCAAGAACGUGAAUGAGGUAUUGGCCCCCGCGCUUAUCAGCAAGGACGAGACGCAACAGGAGGAACUUGACAAGUUGAUGUGUGACAUGGAUGGCACCAAGAACAAGAGCAAGCUUGGAGCCAAUGCUAUUCUUGGAUGCUCCAUGGCUAUCAGCAAAGCCGCUGCAGCGAGUUUUGGUAUGCCGCUAUACAAGUACAUUGCAAAGCUCGCUGGUACAAAGGAGAUCCGCCUGCCAGUGCCGUCCUUCAAUGUAAUUAACGGUGGAAAGCACGCUGGAAAUGUGCUUCCAUUCCAGGAGUUUAUGAUUGCACCAGUGAAGGCUAAGUCGUUCUCUGAGGGUUUACAGAUGGGUUCUGAGGUCUACCAUGCGCUGAAGGUUAUUCUGAAGAAGAAGUAUGGCCAAGAUGCCGUUAAUGUUGGUGACGAGGGUGGCUUCGCACCACCAAUUUCUCACAUUGAUGAACCACUGCCAAUCUUGAUGGAAGCCAUUGAGAAAGCUGGCCACAAGGGCAGGUUUGCGAUCUGUAUGGAUUGCGCUGCCAGCGAGGCCUAUGACGCGGACAAGAAGCAGUACAACAUGACGUUCAAAAGCGCAGAGCCGACGUAUGUGUCAGGUGAGUCUCUUCUGAAGACGUACGAGAACUGGGUGAACAAUUACCCGAUCAAGUCAAUUGAGGAUCCCUACAACGAGGAAAACUUCGACGAGUUCGCGGCGAUUACGAAGGCGUUGGAGGGCAAGGCACAGGUUAUGGGUGAUGACCUGACGGUGACAAACGUGGAGCGCAUCAAGAUCGCCAUCGAGAAAAAGUCCUGCAACUCCCUUCUGCUGAAGGUGAAUCAAAUCGGAACCCUGUCGGAGUCGAUUGCUGCUGCCCGCAUGUGCAUGGAUAAUGGAUGGUCCGUGAUGGUGUCUCACCGCAGUGGCGAGACGGAGGAUACCUAUAUCGCUGAUCUUUCUGUGGGUUUGGGAACUGGCCAAAUCAAGACCGGUGCGCCUUGUCGCAGCGAGCGCACCUCUAAGAUGAACCAGCUGCUUCGUAUCGAGGAGGAGCUCGGUGCUUCCGCAAAGUACGGCUACCCUGCUUGGGCUUAGAUGGUCUGAAGCGAAUUAUGUAAGAGAGUAUCAAUAGAUAUCUCUCAAUUUUAUUAUAAUUUUAAGCAUUUGCCUAGGCAUCAUUCUACUUUAUCAGAUAAAUUUUAUGGUUGUAGCACACUGAUACCUUCUCAAUAUCUUGUUACACGCUAGAUGUUUUUAUUAUUUUGAGUAAUGUACUUUAUAAAGAUUAUAUAUACACAACUAAAUCGAGCGUGUAAAAAAUGUGAGGCCAUUGACUGAGAGGUAGCUCUACGAAUAAAAUAGUUGAUCCUAGCAAGUUUUGAUUUAUAUUUUAAAAGCUAUUACGGAAAAAUAUGAAUACAAAUAAAUAAACCAAUUAUGCGGGAAAAAAAAGUUAUAAACACUAUUAGCUUCUCAUCAAUAAUGAGUGAUCCAAAAAAAAGUUGAUACCACUAACUAUAUUAUUCAUCAAUUUACUUUUGACUAUUGACUGAGAAGCUCAUCUCUAAAUAUUAUUAAUACAAAUACGCGUCUAUCUCUGAAUUUUUCAUCAGUAUAAAUACCCAAAGAAAGGGAAGGGAUAUAUAAUUGAGUAUAACGUCCACUUGAAGAACUGAUGCUAAUAGUGUAUAACAUUUUUUCCUUAUCUCUUCAUUAUCUUUUUACUUUCUCCUUAGUGCUUCUAGACAUAUCCUUUUAAGUUGUUAUUGAAAAUUUUCAAAAAAA